AUGUUCAAAUUUAUCGUUUUAUUGGGUCUUGUGUCAGCAGCUAUUGCUGCUCCAUCGCCGCGCGUUGUAAAUGGCACAGAUGCAAAUAUUGCUGACUAUCCAUUUAUGGUAUCCAUUAAAGUUGGAAGCUCUCAUAACUGCGGCGGAUCAAUUCUUAACGACAGAUGGAUUUUGAGUGCGGCUCAUUGUUCGGGAAGCGUUGUUGAAUACGGAACAGAUAAAUUGGGACAAGGAAAGUCAAUCAACGUUGCUCGUUGGAUUCGUCAUGAAAAAUACGACACUUGGUCUCUUGAAAAUGACAUUGCUGUUGUUGAACUUGCUGAACCAAUUCAAUGGGGAGAAAAUGUAAGACCCGUAACUCUUCCUGAACCAUUCUAUGAAGUACCCGGAAGUUGGGAAACUAAAGCUUGGCUGUCAGGUUUCGGAUAUGACAGAACAGGAGGAACAAUCCAAACUCGUCUUCAAGAAGCUGAAUUAGGCGUCGUUUCAAACACGGAAUGCGCUCAACUUCAUUACAACUCUAUCUAUCCCGGUAUGAUUUGCGCAGGAGUUCCAGAAGGCGGCAAAGGACAAUGCUCAGGCGAUUCAGGCGGUCCAUUGACAAUUAACGGAGUUCAAAUCGGCGCUGUUUCAUGGAGUGUCAAGCCUUGCACUGUUGCUCCUUAUCCAGGCGUUUACACGAAAGUCUCCCAUUACGUAUCAUGGAUCAAGGAAAAAACAGGCAUGCAAUAAAAUGUAAACAGAACAAUAAAAUUCUACAGACGAUGCUAUGAUAUCUUUAUUGUAGCCCCCCUUUUGAAAAUAUAUAC